AUGUCACCAACAUGUCCACCCAAACCUUCCAAUGCCGGCAUCGAGGGCGAACCCAUCAUCGGCAGGUUCACCUUUCAGCACAUUGUUCACAUCAUAGGCUGGGUAUGCUUUGGCAUCACAGCGAUCUUCUGCUUGGGCCUCUGCAUCCUACACUUCCGCCAAUAUCGAGCACCGAACGAACAACGAAACGUCUUCCGCAUCAUCAUAUUUCCAGUGGUCGCGUCGCUGAUAGCGGUGAUCUCAACUUAUACGUACAGCGCCAGUGGGUACAUCGGGCCUAUUGCCCAACUGUACGAAGCCAUCGCUCUUGCGUCCUUGUUCCUGCUGUAUGUCCAAUACGUGGCCCCUGAAGAAAGCACCCGGGUCGCAUUCUUUCGGGAGCUCGAAUACAAGACGAAGAACGGCUCCGUGAAACCUCUACAGCACUACAAGCUAUUCCGAACCUCCUGGACCAUCAUCUUCUCCUACGUAGUCGUCUACACCAUCCUUAUCAUCGCACAGGAGGUCACAGAGGCAACUGGCGUCUAUUGCAAAACCUCAAACAAGCCCGCCUUUGCUCAUGUCUGGCUCCAAGCCUUUCAACUCAUCACGACCAUCGCAGCAGUCGUGACGGUGAUCCGCUUCCAGCGCCGGUUGAAAGACCACAUGGUCGGCCGCAACGCGCUGCCCAAGCUUCUCAGCUUCAAAUUGUUCAUACUGAUCACGACAAUUCAACAUGUAAAUCUUCCCACCUCUAUCCAUCCUGACCACCAGAACAGAAAUACUGACCAAUUCGGGAUGCAGUUCGUAUUCAGUGUGAUUGGCUCUCACGCCACGGGCAGCAAGAAACUAACAUACGACGACAUCACGAUCGGUUUGCAAUCACUGUUGGUCUGCAUCGAAGCUCUAGCUUGCCAGCUGUCCUUCUACUUCUUCUUCCACGCAAAGGAGUUUGCAGUGAACAAGCACGAGGGAGCCAAGGACGGUGUUGUGUACAGCCCCAUGAAAGCAUUCCUUCAUGCACUCAAUCCCAUGGACUUGAUCCUCGGUAUAGGUCGGGCUUACGGCUUGGUCAGAUUUUGA